AAAACGCCAGCGAUAACAGGCUACAACUACGACCGGUUUAUAAACAUUCCGUUUCGUGUAUUACCUAGUUUUCACACAUUCCAUUUGGAGUUUCAAUUGUUUAGACCUACCGAAUUGUUUGUCACGUCACCAAGCAAUUGGAAUAGAACGAUUUGUUAAUCACCCGGCAGAAACCCUUUCGUGCAGCAUAAGUAUGGCAAUGCAACAACUUGAAAACGAGGAAAAGAUUAACGUGCGUGAUCGUCUGGUGGACAAUGUGCUGGAUCUAAGCCUGAUGAACAUUUCCAAAGUACCGGUGCAAGAAAUUAAACCACUCCGACGUGCCACUGUUAUGGAUCUUUCCAGUAAUCGCAUCUGUAUCAUCGAGAGUAAUUUUACCGACCUCACACAACUAACGCAGAUAGAUCUGUCGAAGAAUCGUAUUACGUCGAUUUGCGAUGAUUUCGGCCUGCUCACCAACUUACGGCGCUUGGAUUUGUACAAGAACCAAAUCACAAGGCUGCCGCUUACGUUCGGGCGCCUAAAAAAUCUCAAGUAUCUCGAUCUGAAGGAAAAUCCACUGAACCCCAUCUUUAAGAAGCUCAUCGGAACAUGCAGCGACACCAACGAUUGCCUAGUGGCAGCGACGCGUGCCGUGGACUUUAUGAAGCAGGUCGAACGUCGCGUCGUAGAAGAUCGUGCCAAGGAACGAAAAGUGCGCUUGGAAAAACAGCAAUUGCAGGAGGCGCAAAUGAAGGAGGAAAUGAAAGUUGCUGCCCAAGAAGAAAAGCCAACUAAUGAACAAAAGUCUGAAAAACCAAAACGUAGACGAAAGCAGAUUCCACAAGGUGAAGCUGUUCUUAGCGAAGAUUCAAAAACUAAGCAUAAAGCAGAAAAGAAAGCUGACCGGGUGGAUGAAGACGAUACAGUCUCGUCAGGCCUUCGUCAUUCGCUCGUAUUUUGGCUGGCCAUGUUAGUGCUGUUGGCCGUUUCGUUUCUGCUUUGCGCCAAUUAUUACGAUGUGCUUCCCCGGAAAUCUUCUGAAACCAUUCUCGAAGAGUAUAUCAAGUAACACCGCCGGUGUCCUUUUGAAUAUUGUGCUUUACUAUUAAUAAACAUUAAGCAACCGCGUACUGGACGGUCUGUCUUUACAAGUUA